CUGCCUUGUCCCUCCGUGGAUACCGUAGUGAAUGCAUGGCCCGCGGGGAUCAUGUUGAAGGUGACAGGUAGUGCCAUGCCGGGAGCCCUGCGAUUUUCACCGUUCACCGUGUUUGCUGCUGCCGGUGACGGCGAGAAGGAACCAGCGGUGGCGGCGGCUUCGUUAAACGUGGACGAACUGUCUCUGUACACCGCUCCCCCGGAGAAGUUUCGGUACGUGGAGCCUAAAGCGGGGCAGCUGGAGGAGCGAGUCGCCACCCUCAGGAAGUUAGCGGAGCCGUACACUGCUUGGUGUCAGGUCACCUAUGAGAAAAUUAAACCCAAAGUUCAGGGGGUCUUCCAGUUUGGGAACGACGCAUACGCCUAUGUGAAGAACCCCCCGAAGGACUUCUACCCCCGGGCGGGAGUCAUCGGCUUUACCGGAGUCCUCGGGCUGGUUCUUGCCAGAGGCUCCAGGCUUAAGAAACUCAUCUACCCGACCACUCUCAUGACCCUGAGCGCCUCUCUCUACUACCCGGAGAAAGCAGCGGCCAUCGCAAAGUCAACCGGAGACUCCGUGUACGACUUGGCCGUGCAGAGCUACGCAGCGGCGGAGAAGAUCCUAAACCCCCAGAGCAAAGCUGAGAAGGCCAAUAAACCCGAAAAGAGCAGCGACUCCGAGACCAAACAGUGAUGACCCCGGCGUGACUGCAAUAACCGAGCAGUAGCCAAUCACACAGCAGCUUUAUCCUGAUACUGUAAACUGAGCGCUUUCUAGACAGUGUGACUUUUUCAUGCCUACACUUUGCACUAAGCUUCACAUGAAACUCAGGCCGGGCAAAGGGAAGGGGGGAUUUGCAACUUUAAUGACUUCCUUCCGAUUUGAAUGUGUAUUUAUGUAGAGAUAAAGCAGUAUCUUACAUUAAAGUUGUUUUACCGCCUUGA